AUGGAGCAGACACCCCCCAGCAAGCCCAGGGUGACCUGGGCGGAGGAGGGUGCUGCCCAGAAAAGCGGCUCUCCAGAAGAGCCCCAUGAGGUGGCCUGGGCAGCGGAGGGUGCUGCCCAGGAAAGCAGGUCUCCAGCAGAACUCUCCCAGUGGAUCCUGGUGAAGCCAGCGCAGACGGGGACGGAUGUCAGCUUGUUCCCCCUGUCCAGAGAAGAACAGGAAGUCGUGGACUCCAUCCAGGCUCUGGACAGCCCCGCAGAGACCCUGCGAGCCCUGGACAGCGUGCUGAAGGCAAUAGUGCAGAAGAGUCCUCCCUCCAGAAUGGGCGAGGAGCUGCAGAACAUCUUUCAGGUGCUGGUGGAGUUUGCCAGAUAUGGCAUCACCUCCGCGCGGCAAGAAGCCAUGGCGAGGAUUUGUGAGCUGAGCAGAUGGAUGGACAGCUAUUCCAAACGGAAGGACUCCACUGUCAUCGAGAUCUCCUUCCUCGGACAGCUGCUGGGAUUUGUCCUCCUCGAGCCACUCGUGGGAUGCCAUGAGACUAUUUACUACCUCAGUGAAUUCAUCUGCAGGACCAGGCUAAGGGGUAAACGACACGCGCGCCAUGCAAAAGGUGAAAGCACCAGCCUUCUGAAGACUUACGAAAGCUACCGUAUCAAGCCCUUUGAAAGGUACCUCACGCGCUCGGAGAGGACGCACAUCGUCCUCGCAGUCCUGGAGCAGAGAGAAGCAGACCAUGCUGAAAAGCCAUGGAAGAAGAGUGACUUUGCCUCCCAAGAGCGCUGGUUGAGAGGAUCAUCAGCCUUGGGGGAGUUCAUGGAUAAACCGUGCUUGUACCUGACGGAUGUGCCAAAGAUUUUGAGCUUCCUUCGGAAAAGCCUGCUAACCAUCAAGAAAGGACGAGUGCAGCAGGACUUCCACGACCUGCUUCUGCUGCUAGCUGACUUCUUCCCAAGGAAGGUAGUCGCAACACUGCUGAGCGCUCCACCACGAGACAGGGUGGCCAUGGAAAUGUGGCAGAUCAUUUUCGCCAAGCCACCGCUUAGAGAAAGGAUACUGUGGUCAUUCGCUGCCAUGCUCUGGGUGGACUGGUGGCCCUGUAGUCUCAGCGCUUCCUCUUCAGAAAGCAGCUCCAUGUCUGACUUGGCUCCAUCGCCCAGCGACACCAGCAUGAAGUUUGAGAGGGACGAUGAGGAUGAAGACUUGGAAGAGCUUCGCAACGACAACUUUGAUAUUGAUGAGGAGCUUCCAACGCUGCCAGCCUCCCGGGUGCUCGAAGGCCUCCUGAGGCUGUUAAAGAUACCUGGCAUGGCACUAAAAAUGGAGUUCUUGGUGCCACACCUAAUGGAGCUGCUGUGGCUUGACCGGGAAGACCUGAAGAAAAAGGUCAUGGUGAUCCUGAAAAUACUGAUACAGGAAGGCAUGAACAACAUAUGGGCCAGCCCCCCCCAUAAGUAUCUGAUGGAGAACCUCCCGCGCUUCCUCGACAUGGAGAGCAGCGACUUGCGCGAGUUCUUCAUCUGCCGCUUCAAAGACUACCUGAGCUCUGAGGUGGCGAGGAACAGGAGCAAAUUCAAGGCGUCUCUACGGAGGGUACUGGUGCCGCUGAUCAUUCGCACCAGUGACCAGCCCCCGAGUGUGGGCAAGGCAGCCGAGGAAGCGCUCCUUGCUACAGCAAAGCUCCUCAAGUUGAGGGAGCUGAAAGAGCUGGUGAAGACACAGGAGCCGUGGAGGAUCGUCGAGUGCUUGCUGGGGAAGGACAGCAGCAGGGCUGAAGAGUACCUGCGUCAGGGCCUGGCGUACCUCAAGGACCCCGAGGCCUCUGUGCGAGAGGCGGCCAUCCGGUUCAUCGGAGUGGCCAUGCGACACCUGAGGAACCGAACCACAGACACACUGGAUGAGAUCUGCAGCGCCCUUCAGCCCUUGACGAAAGACAGCAAUGAGUUCGUCUCUUCCCUGGCCCAACAGACAAUCUACGUUCUGAAGGCUUUAGGACCAACACCACCGCCUCGCUUCAGUCUAGAAUCACUGCUCUUCUGGCACCGCCGUCCACAUCCAUGA